AUGAUUGGGAGGGGAUUGGAACACCUGAAUCACAUGAUUGGGAGGGGAUUGGAACACCUGAAUCACAUGAUUGGGAGGGGAUUGGAACACCUGAAUCACAUGAUUGGGAGGGGAUUGGAACACCUGAAUCACAUGAUUGGGAGGGGAUUGGAACACCUGAAUCACAUGAUUGGGAGGGGAUUGGGGGAAUUGGAACACCUGAAUCACAUGAUUGGGAGGGGAUUGGAACACCUGAAUCACAUGAUUGGGAGGGGAUUGGACACCUGAAUCACAUGAUUAUGGAGGGGAUUGGAGCACCGGAAUUACAUGAUUGGGAGGGGAUUGGAACACCUGAAUCACAUGAUUGGGAAGGGAUUGGAACACCUGAAUUACAUGAUAUGGGGGAUUGGAACACCUGAAUCACAUGAUUGGGAGGGGAUUGGAACACCUGAAUCACAUGAUAUGGAGGAGAUUGGAACACCUGAAUCACAUGAUUGGGAGGGGAUUGGGACACCUGAAUUACAUGAUAUGGAGGGGAUUGGAACACCUGAAUCACAUGAUUUGGAGGG